AUGCGCAUCGGAAAUUGGUGGGUCGAGAGAGUCGUCGAGGGUUGUUUGCGUUCAUGGUACCUGAGCACAUCAAGACACGCGGAAAUUAGCCGUCGCCUCCCUAAGGCCUGGGACUCCCAUGAUCCCACCUUGCCACACCCCCCCGAGCCCAAACGCCGCCAGACAGCCGUCCCAUCUCCCAUCGCCCGACUAGCGGCACUGUCACACCCAGAAGCCGAAUUCCAAACCCCGUACCUCAACCCCCCCUGGGUCCCGGAAAACCCCUUCCCCGGCAGACUACAGUUCGCCUACCCCCCUACCGGCUCCUCAAAAGACCGCCGAGCAAAGAUUGCGGAGAACGCCAAUCGUCUGAUCGACGCACUUGCGCACGAGGGAACCCUGAUUGGCAUCUCCGACGGGUCAAAAGAGGUCCGCUCGGGAAUCCGGAAAGUAGGAGUUGGAUACAGCAUCGUAUGGAAGAAAGAGGAGGUUGCCAAAUUUAGCGGCGGCAUCGGCCCUCGCGCGGACAUUUUGACGCCGAAAUGCUCGCCCUUGCGCUCAUACCGCCGUACGCAUUAUCAACAAAUAGGCCCACACUUCCUCCAAGGCAACGCAAGGAGGUCAAUCGUGGUCCAAUGGAUCCCGGGCCACUCCAAAAUUGAAGGCAACGAACGCGCGGACAGAUUGGCUAACGCAGGACUCGACUCCCGCCCUACGCCGUUCUUUAACCGGACCGCAACCUGGGCCAAAUGCCGCGCCACCCAACGCGCAGCCAAGUCAUGGGGACGCUUAUGGGCAGAGCACCCCACUCCAAAACGGUCCAAAACACAUCCCACGCCCCCCAGCACUCAAACUGCACCCAAUAUUCCAAAACCCAGCAUCCCUCGAUCGGUGUCCUCCCGCCUCAUCCACGUUAUGACAGGCCACGGCUGCUUCGGCGAAUACAAGGCCAGAAUGCCUUUCAUUAACGGAAGCGCCAAAUGCCAAUGUGGCGACCCAAACCAGACUAUCCCUCACCUCCUGUUCCACUGCCCGCUUGCCGAAGAUAGCCGCAAGCUCCUGUUCGAAGCGGCACCAGACCUCAACCCCGCAACCCUCUUCGGGACCCCCAAGGGACUGGAAGCGGUCGCCAAAUUCAUCUACCACUCCGGAAUUGGCCUCUACAAGUAG